CGUAUGUAUGUAUGUAUAUAUAUAUAUAUAUAUACAUACAUGCAUAUAGACUUAAUCGACAUUCACAAAUUUCUUAAAAUGGAUUAUGAAAUUACCAAUUUGAAGAAGAACCACAAAAUCAAGCUCAUACCUGAUGAAGAAGAAGACGAUGAAUCGAUUUCUCUUCGAGAUUUCCAGGUGGAUUCCGACCGGAAGGACUCCAUUUCGAAGAACAACCGGCGAUCGUCCUCCGAGCCUGCGGAUUUCUUCGAAUUCCUCAACGAUUUCACCUCCGAGAUGUCUCACGCCGAAGACAUCUUCUACUGCGGCAAGCUCGUGCCGCACAACGCUACCCACCGCCGUCGGUUCCUCAAAUCGCUCUCCGAGCACAACCUUCCGCCGGGCGCUUCCGCAAGGUACGCAAUAUGCGAUGAUAAUAAUAACAACUCGUUUCAAUCGAAAUCCGACGCCGUAGCCACCACGCCGCCGCGAAAUCGUUUCCUCGAGCGACGGAAUCCGAGAUCGUCAUCGAAGAGCUCGGCGAAAUCGGAGGCGUCUAGGGAUUCGAAGCCGAAAUGGUUUGAGUUGAUGUUUAGUCCGCUAAAAUUCCAGCAGGAAUUGGAUUUCCGCGGCGUGAAGAACCGGCGGAAUCUCCGGAACCCGGGGAGUAUAUUCUCCGGCGAUAGAACUCCACCUAAUCGGAGAAGCUUCUGGAGUCAUGACUUGUUGAAGGUAUUGAGUUGCAAAAAUCAUGCCAGUGUGGCGGUUACUGCAUCAAUCGGUCUGGUCCCACAUUUCUAGUCAAUCAGUCCCGGGACCAGAGGUCCUGCCAUAGUUAACUUGACCCAAGGUUCCCGGAGCCCCCAAGUAGCCUCUCCUAAUUUUUUUUUUU